GGGGUCACCGGAGAAGUCCCCGUCUCGACUCUACAAAACACACGAAGCAGAGCCGUCAGCCAAUCAGAGGCCCCCGUUCAGCACCGCGGCGCCUGCGCACUGCGGCUCUGAUGUUUGUUGAUAUGUGAGCUGCGGUUCUGUGCGGGAUCCUCUGCGGGUCUGUGCGGGGAUCUGUGCGGUGCUGCCGCCCGAUGGAGAACCUCAGAGACCUGGUGGAGCGUCCGUCCAGGAAGCGCCGGGACUCCUUCGGGAUGCUGGACGGGUUGGACGAAGACCGCAGCAGCUGCAGCACAGAGUCCAGUGGAGGCAGCGGAGCGUCCAGCCCAGAGGACAGUGAGGAUGAAGAGUUAGGAGGAGGAGGAGGAGGAGUGACUCCACUCACUGCCACCUCCUCCUCCUCCUCCUCCUCCCUGACGCUCAUCAAGACCAACGGGCAGGUGUACACGUAUCCUGACGGGAAGGCCGGCAUGGCGACGUGUGAGAUGUGUGGAAUGGUCGGAGUCAGAGAUGCUUUCUACAGCAAAACCAAACGUUUCUGCAGCGUCUCCUGCUCCAGAAGCUUCUCAUCCAACUCCAAGAAGGCCAGCAUCCUCGCCAGACUGCAGGGGAAACCUCCCACUAAGAAAGCCAAGGUUCUCCACAAACAGCCUCUGAUGACCAAACUCGCUGCCUACGCUCAGUCCCACCAGCAGGGCGGCGCCAGAAAGAGCGUCACUGCGGACAUGUUUGACUGGCCUCGUUACCUUGGAGAGGGGGGGGCGAUGGGAGCGCCGGUCAGCUGCUUCAAACAUGUGCCGAUGGGGAAGUCGUGGGACGACAUCAGUGAAGGAGUUCGUGUUGAGGUCCCAAACACUGACAGUGGACUUCCCCUGAAGGUGUACUGGAUCGCUGGCAUCGUCAAACUGGCAGGUUUUAAAGCCCUGCUGAGGUACGAGGGCUUCGACAGCGACUCCACCAGAGACUUCUGGUUGAACCUGUGUGUGCCGGACAUCCACCCGGUGGGCUGGUGUGCUGCCGGAGGGAAGCCACUGGUCCCGCCCCAGACCCUCGGGCACCGGUUCAACAACUGGAAGAGCUUCCUCAUCAACAGACUGACGGGAUCCAAGACCCUGCCGCCGGACUUCUGCUCCAAGGUGCAGGACAGUUUGCAGUUUCCCUUCAAGAAGCAGAUGCGGCUGGAGGUGGUGGAUAAGACUCACCUGUGUCGGACUCGGGUCGCUCUGGUGGAACAGGUGAUCGGCGGUCGCCUGCGUCUCGUCUACGAGGAGUGUGACGAUGGGACGGACGACUUCUGGUGUCACAUGAACAGUCCUCUGAUCCACAGCAUCGGCUGGUCUCGAUCCAUCGGACAUCGCUUCAAACGCUCCGAUGUGACGAAGAGGCUGGACAGUCCGGUGGACGCUCCGGGGAAGCUGUUCGCCAAGGUGAAGGAGGUGGAUCAGAGCGGCUCGUGGUUCGAGGACGGGAUGAAGCUGGAGGCCAUCGACCCUCUGAACCUGUCGGCCAUCUGCGUGGCCACAGUGAGGAAGGUCCUGGCUGACGGGCACCUGAUGAUCGGCAUCGACGGGUCGGAGGCGGCAGACGGUUCCGACUGGUUCUGUUAUCACUGCACCUCUCCCUCCAUCUUCCCCUCCGGCUUCUGUGAGAUCAACAGCAUCGAGCUGACUCCGCCCAGAGGUUACUGCAGCCUCCCGUUCAGGUGGUUCGAGUAUCUGAGGGAAAGUAAAUCUGUGGCUGCUCCGGUCCAGCUCUUCAACAGGGACGUCCCCGACCACGGCUUCCACCCCGGGAUGAAGCUGGAGGCCGUCGACCUCAUGGAGCCCCGGCUCGUGUGCGUGGCCACCGUGACCCGCAUCGUCCACCGGCUGCUGCGGAUCCACUUCGACGGCUGGGAGGACCAGUACGACCAGUGGGUGGACUGUGAGUCACCUGACCUGUACCCAGUGGGCUGGUGUCAGCUGACUGGAUACCAGCUGCAGCCGCCUGCUGCUAACGCAGCCCAUCUGUGUGUUUCAGGCUCCAGAGAAUCACGAGCCUCCAAACAGAGGAAGAAAUCCCAGCAGUACAAGGGACAGAAGAAGAAGAGGAAGCUGCCCGUCGCCAAGCGACCCGUCAGUCUGUCUGGCGCCGUGGUAACAAGCGUCCCCAGGAGUGUCUCUGGAGACGAGGAUGAGACGCCGCCUGAUUACCCAUCACCCCCCAUUCCUGUCUCCGCAGCUCAACCCCUGUCUGCAGGUCCAGAGAGCAGCCCCCACACCGAGGGGGGGGCAGGUUCACACGUUAAAGACGAGUUUCGUCCCGAGACGACUGAGACCAAUGGAUCCUCUGGAGAUUUCUUCAUCAACCAGGACCAGUCGUAGGCCUCCUCAUCCUCAGUGGAGGAGGUCAGAGUUCAUCCUCUCACAUCCACUCUACAGUCGACUGUGUUGGUCAGUUUACAGACACAAAGAAAGACAUUAAAUCCUCAUGAUGCACUGUACAUAACUUUUUUAGAUGUCCCUUGUCCCAUCUGCUAACAUGGAGGAGGAUGGGAUCAUGAUUUAUACUGCAGCCAGACACCAGGGGGCAUUGGAGCCGUCAUGUUUAUUGAUAGACUCUGAUUCUCACACAUUAGUCACAACAAACCAAAUCAACACUUAUCCGACAUGUAUCUUUAAUCAGACAACAUACACCACCAAGCUAACUAGCUCGUUAGCAUGCUAACGGGAUGGGAAUGAAAGGCGUAGGGUCAGAGAUUAAAGAGAUUAAAGAGUAAAUCUCACUCUCUCUCUUUUAAAUUUUAAUCAAGAACAAAUCGUUUCACGUGAAGAAAAAAGACUCGUCGCAGUUUAACUGGAAAGUUAAAUAGAGAAGAAGAGAAUGUUCCUCUGAGAAAAGAAAUGAACUAAGAAAAUACAACAAGAUGGUAAAACUUCUACAAUGAUUUAUAAUAUCUAAGAUCUUUAUUUGUUCGUGUUUUAGUGUUUGAAAGUUAAAACUUUAAUAAUAGAACAUGUAGCUGUAUAACGUCAUUUAAUGUGUGUGUGUCUGUAUGUGUGAGUGCGUGUGUGUGCUUGUGUGUGUGAGAAUCGUGUGAUAGAUGUGUUAUACUUAAACUGUAAAAUAUGAUAUCAGAAAAAAAAAAUAUUUAAGGCGGGAAAAUACCAAUGAUUAUUCAAAAAAAUUCUCACUCAGAAUUUGUGUCCAACUUAAAUGAAACGUGACAAAAUGUUAACACACUCAUUUUACCAUUUAUGACGUAACACAAAAUGUUCUGAUAGAAUUAACUUUUUGUGUUGAAUUAAAUUAAAAUGAAGUUAUUUCACCAAAUCAUCGAAAAUUAAAAAAUCUCUGCAUCUUCAGACUGUGACAGUGACAAGGUUACAUAACUUGAUUUUAUUUAAAUAUUUAUUAUUUAAAAUAUAUAUUCCCAGGCUUUUAAAUGCAAAAAUUCGUUCUUUCAUUAAUUUAGUUCCUCAUUCGAUUUAAUCUGCAGCAGUGAGAAGAGAAAAAUUCUGUUCUGCACUACCUCUCAGUGACCAGCAGAGGGCGACACCAGUGUUUUUAUGUUGCCUAAAGAAAAAAGUUCAUAUUAUUUCAAAAGUUUAAAUAAUAUUUUUGAUCACUAACUUUUCGUAUUUCAAAAACAUUUGUUAUUUGUCAUAAUUUGGCAAAAAAAACUAUAAUGGAGAUAAUUUUUAGAACAUGGUUUGCAUUUGUUCAUUUGAUUAAAAGAGAAUUGUAUGAAAAGGUUUCCACAUUCUAACAUAAAAGUUUAAUAACUAAUGAAUGGAACCAAUAUGAUUUUGUUCAUAAUGUCAUCAAGCUGCAGAUUCACAAAAAGAAAAGAUUCAAAUUCUUCUGAAGCUGACGCUCGGAGCUGAAACUCACUAUGAUCAAAUAAAUCAAAUAGAAAUCAAUUUGAUAAAGAAUUAUGUAAAACAUAAAUAACCAAUGAUCCAUAAUUAACUUUUUCAUCUUGUUGGAAGAUAUGGAUGCCUAUUUCUGACACAAAUAUAAAAGAGAAAGUGAAAAUAUAUAGAGCAUUAUGCAGACUAACUUAAUUAUAUAAAUAUGACAAUAUAAGAGAAAAUUCAGAAUUUCAAAUAUAUUACAUGUUAAAUAUUUGUUCCUCUUAUAUUAUGACACUAAUGUCUUGUGUUUUUAUUUUCUUUAGUUUUUCACAUGGAAAUGUGCGUGUGUAUCUCAAUUCUGAUUUAAUCUGAUCUAAACAGAUCUAAUCUGAUUUAAUCUAAUCUGAUUUAAUCUGAUCUGAUUUAAUCUGAUCUGAUUUAAUCUAAUCUGAUUUAAUCUGAUCUGAUCUAAAUAGAUCUAAUCUGAUUUAAUCUAAUCUGAUUUAAUCUGAUCUGAUCUAAAUAGAUCUGAUCUGAUUUAAUCUGAUCUGAUUUAAUCUAAUCUGAUUUAAUCUGAUCUGAUUUAAUCUGAUCUGAUUAAUCUGACCUGAUUUAAUCUGAUCUGAUUUAAUCUAAUCUGAUUUAAUCUGAUCUGAUUUAAUCUGAUCUGAUUUAAUCUAAUCUGAUUUAAUCUGAUCUGAUUUAAUCUGAUCUGAUUUAAUCUGAUCUGAUUUAAUCUAAUCUGAUUUAAUCUAAUCUGAUUUAAUCUGAUCUGAUUUAAUCUGAUCUGAUUUAUUCUGAUCUGAUCCAUGUGCAGCACUAAGAAAAUGUCUUCAGCUCCUGGAGAAAAUCUCUUUAAAGGAUCAGCCGUUUUUUAAAGUGUCGUCUGUGUUUGUAGUGAGUUUCUACAGCGUCUAUAAUAAGUGUAUUUUUUGUAUUAUGGUGCUAAAUAUAGAUGAAAUCACAUGUUUGAUAACGUUUGUAAUGAUUUUGACGAAUCGUCUGUGACUCUGGUGAAGUCGUUGUUCCUGCUGUUUGCAAUAGAUUUUCUAUAAAGAGAAAAGUAGCAAGGAAGUUUCGUGUGAAGGCCGCAGGAUUUAACGAGUUUAUAAAGUGUUUGUGAGUUUUAAUGUGAUUGAUCGACUGUCGAGGAAAAACCAGACAAAAUGAAGAUGUGAGUGAAACUGUUGAGUGAAGCUUUUGAACCAGUGUGCUGGUGAUCAGGCCUCGAGCUGAAGAAUCCACGGGAACCUUCGGCUGCUUCUGUCCGAGAACCGAUUUUAAAUCCUUUUUGUUCUGGUUUUCCUGCAUUAACAGAUAAAUCUGUAGAAAUGAGUCAAAAGAAAACUGAGACAAACUUUUUACAGCGUGCAGAGGUUAAUGGAAACAUGUUAACGUCCGUGUUGUUCACGUGUUCAAGACGUUUACUGAACACGACACACACACAUGUUACAAAGAAUAUAGAGAAUUCAAUCUAUAUGGUAUUGAUGUAGUUAUGAACUGAUGUUAUCUUUCCUGAAGCUAUUUUUAAACAUUGUGAGAUUUGUUUGGCAGCAUGAUUGUAGAUGUAAAAUAAAUGACUUGAGACAUUUUCUACGAAAUAAAAAGAAAAUAUUGAA